AUGGAUGCUGUCACGAACCUUCAUUCGGGCGAUCCGGCCUCGGUCUGGGCCCAUGUUGUUAAUCUCCUACCUAAACUCAUUGCAUUCCUCGCAAUCUAUGUGACUACAGUUUGCGUAUACCGAGUCUUCUUCCACCCCUUGGCUCGGUUUCCGGGUCCCGCACUGGCAAAAAUAAGCAACCUUCACGCAGCCUAUUACGCUUGGAACGGAACCAUCCGCGACGACACUUUGAGAUGUCAUGAGAAAUACGGGAAAUAUGUGCGUUACGCACCGGACCGCGUCCUCUUCAACUCAGCGCAAGCUUUGUCGGAUAUCUACUCCCAUCGAGCCAACACCAUCAAGUCCAAGACGUACCUUAUGUUGGCACACCAAGCAGCGAACUCACUCACGAUGCGAGACAAGGUGUUGCACAGUAAAAGACGACGAGUCGUGAGCCAGGCCUUUUCCGAAGCCACCAUGCGCUCCUUCGAGCCAAAGAUUGUUGAAAAGAUUCACCGACUGUGCGAUACCAUAACAAAGUCCCUAGGAGAAGACGGAUGGUCUGAGACGAAGGACAUGGGCCGAUAUUCCGAUUACCUUGCUUUUGAUAUUAUGGCCGAUGUCGUUUUCAGCGCGCAGUACAAUACAGUCGAAAACGAGAAAUUCCGCUAUGUCAUCGGCGCGAUUGCAGAUCACAAUGUGCGGCUAGGUGUAAUAGCUCAAGCCCCCGAAUUGUCCAUCAAGGCAUUGCAAAGGCCAAUGUUUCGGCAGGCUAUGAAGGCCAGAGACAGAUUUGUCAAGUUCAUUCGAAUUCUGCUAGGCAUUCGCUUGAAAAAUAAGGCAAAGCAGAGAGACAUCUUCUCAUACAUUCAAGAUGCCAAGGACCCCGACACCGGCAAGGGCCUGGACUUUACGGAACUGAGCACUGAGACAGCGACCAUGAUUGUAGCAGGCUCUGAUACAACUUCCACUGCACUGGCAGCAGUCCUGCAUUAUGUUGGCCAUUCCCCCGUAUGCUACGACGAGGUCAUGAAGGAAGUCAGGAGCCGGUUCAGCAGUCUAGAAGAAAUUCGUAUGGGCCCGACACUCAACUCUUGCGUAUAUCUCCGGGCAUGCAUCGACGAGGCUCUCCGCAUGGCACCUCCUGCUGGGGGCACUCUGUGGCGAGAGGUAGACCAAGGCGGUGCGGUCAUCGAUGGGAUCCCCAUCCCAGCUGGCUACGACGUUGGGGUAGCAGUCCACAGCUUGCAUCACAACCCAACUUAUUUCCCCAAGCCCUGGACCUACGACCCCAAUCGCUGGGUCAGGUCCGGUAGUGACAGCUCUGCGUCUGAAGAGAGCAUGUCAGCCGCUUACAAUCCAUUUGGAGCCGGCCCAAGGAGUUGUAUUGGUAAGCCACUUGCGCUCCAUGAGCUUAUGUUGACAUUGGCGACUCUUUUCUUCCAAUUUGACUUCGCUCCAAUUGGCCGAGACGAAGACGCCUGGGAAAGUAAAGGGAUGGCACCGGAGCGCUUCGUACUAAAAGAUCAUGUCAGUGGUCAAAAGACUGGGCCAUUUGUGAAGUUUAGACUUCGGGAGUAA